AUCUGACUUGGCUAUUUCCAGACCCAAAAUCAACACAAAACAAAACAACUCAACGUGGGCCCGAAUACACUUCAGAACGUUACUCAACAUCCGCGUUGAGAAAAUAGAACCGUUAGCAGCCGGACCGUUCCGUCUGAAGAUUUUCUCAUCGUCUUAGGAGAGGAUCAACAGCGGUUCCAAGGGGUCCCUAAGGGCUACCCCUACUCUUAGUGAAGACCCUUGGAAAGAAAAACUUCUCUCUUGCUUUUCAGUCAAAGUCUUUUUGAUUCAUCAUCAAAAGAGGAAGGGAAACCCAUUGCCCACCAGCUCUGAAAGUUUGAGCUUCAAGGCAGCAAGACCUUUCUCCUUUGAACCCCAAAUCCUCCCAGCUAACCUCCUCAAACCCGCAUUCAGCAUGACUACAAAUUCAGAGCCAGGAGCACUGCCCUCCUCAGUUACAGAUGCCGUGCUCGUCCCCUCGAACGAGAUGCCCGAAGGUUCCCAGAAAGUCGAAGAGCUAGACUUUGACAAGUUUGCCGGACGAGAUAUAACUGUUGAUGAUUUGAUAAGCGGGAUGAACAAUAUGGGGUUCCAAGCAAGUUCGAUAGGAGAGGCUGUCAGGAUUAUAAAUGACAUGAGAGCCUGGCGCGAUCCCGAAGACCCUACCACAAAAACAACAAUCUUCCUCGGCUACACUAGCAACCUCAUCUCCUCCGGCCUGCGGGGGACCCUCCGCUACCUGGCGCAACACUCUCACAUCUCCGCCAUCGUCACAACGGCAGGAGGAAUAGAAGAAGACCUCAUAAAAUGCCUCGGCGAUACCUACAUAGGCUCCUUCUCCACUCCCGGUGCCCAACUGCGAUCAAAAGGCCUAAACCGAAUCGGAAACCUGAUAGUGCCAAACAACAACUACUGCCUCUUCGAAGACUGGGUGGUGCCUAUUCUCGAUAAGAUGCUCGAGGAGCAAGAAGCGUCAAAAUCCACGGAUGAACCGAUAAACUGGACACCAUCGAAAGUAAUCCAUCGAUUGGGGAAAGAGAUAAAUGAUGAAAGAAGUGUGUAUUACUGGUGCUACAAGAACAACAUCCCCGUCUUCUGCCCCGCAUUGACGGACGGGAGUCUGGGCGAUAUGCUGUACUUCCACACUUUCAAGGCUUCCCCCCUGCAGCUGAAGAUCGACAUCGUGGAGGACAUUCGGAAGGUCAACACCAUUGCUGUGCGGGCCAAGAGGGCGGGGAUGAUAAUACUCGGUGGUGGGGUGGUGAAGCAUCAUAUUGCGAAUGCGUGCCUGAUGCGCAACGGUGCUGAGAGUGCGGUGUACAUCAAUACAGCGCAGGAGUUUGACGGGAGCGAUGCGGGAGCGCGGCCUGAUGAGGCUGUCAGCUGGGGGAAGAUCAAGGUUGGGGCUGAUAGUGUCAAGGUGUAUGUGGAGGCAACUGCUUGUUUCCCACUUAUCGUGGCAGCCACAUUUGCGAAGGAUGCGUGCCGCAGCAGCAAGCCUUGAAAACGAAGAUGAUAUCCUCAUAUUUCCUCUUGCUGCCUAUGAAACGUGAUCCAAAUGGAAACGCCCUAAAAACGACCAUUGCCCGCCCCAUGCCAUGCCCGCCCAUGAUGAAAUCAAUCAGCGCCAUAGCCCGAGAAAAGCAGCAACUUUUAAAAAGGCGUCGAAGAAUCUCUUUCUCGAUCCACGCUAUGCUCCCCAUAACCAGAUCGAUCAACGCCGUCUCUCGAUAUCUUUCGAGACACCC